AUGGAUGACAUUAGCGAGAAUAAACCAGGUGAACAACACAGAGUUGCAAGAUAUCGUAGAAGGGAUGUUCGGAAUUUAGACAACAAGCUUGGGUUCAGGGGUCAGGCUGAGGAGCCUGUUAAGAAGAGAGUUAAGUUUUCCAAUCUACCGGUUGACGUUUCUGAUUUUACUGUGGAGGAUAUGGUAAAAGAAUUUGGAACACCGGUGUUCUCCAGGUUUUAUGAAUACAAAGAUGGUAGAACGGCUGUGUUUGAAUUAGAAACCCCAGGAGCUAUGGAGAAAGUGGUUGAGAAAUAUAAUGAUUUCGAGAUAAACGGUAGUAAGAUAGCCGUCGAGAUGUUUGACUUGAGACAAAGAAAGCCAAAAAGUAGUUUUACUCCAGUGUAUGCUAGAGGUUCUAGAGGAAGCCAUUAUGCUGAAAUCCGUGAACAACCGUUUACGAGCAACAAGAGCUCCCAUGGUUCCAGAAAAAAAGCCACACAGCCAGCCAAGCCAACUGUGGAAGAAUUGGAUGCAGAACUAGAAGCUUAUAUGAAAUCUACGUAA